CAGCUAAAUAACGGGCAAAAAAAGUGGUCACAAAAUGUCUCGUAUUGUUAGCGCCGACCGAUUGAAUUGCAUUGAAAGCAAUGUUUGGGUCGAGUUUAUCGAGUUGGCCAACAAAUACAAGCCGCGGGUCAAUCUGGGCCAAGGGUUUCCCGAUUUUCCCGCACCCGAACACAUAUGCCGGGCAUUGGCCUCGACGGUAGUCAAUCCCGAUAGACCAUUGAUCAAUCAGUAUACCCGUGAUUGUGGUCAUCCACGGCUGACCACUGUACUCAGCCAACUAUAUGGCCAGUUAGUUGGCCGGCCGAUUGAUGCUGAUUCGGAAAUAUUGAUAACAUCGGGUGCCUAUCAGUCACUAUUCAAUACAUUCAUGGCUUAUGUCAAUCCUGGCGACGAAGUCAUAAUUAUUGAGCCCUACUUUGAUUGUUACGAACCGAUGACCCGAUUGGCCGGCGGUAUACCUGUUUUUGUACCACUGAGACCACGUAGACAGUCGCCGCCAGUCGACGGCGAUGAGGACAGUCGUAGUCCAUUGAGUUCAAGCAGUGCCGACUGGAUCUUAGAUCCCGAGGAAUUGGAGUCAAAGUUUUCGGAUAAAACCAAGUUUAUUGUUGUCAAUACACCUAAUAAUCCAUUGGGAAAGGUCUACACUCGCGAGGAACUGGAACUAAUCGGGCGAUUAUGUCAGAAAUAUGACUGUCUCGUUGUUAUGGACGAAGUAUACGAAUGGCUCAUAUAUCCCGGUUCUCCCCAACGACAACACACACGUAUGGCAUCCCUGCCGGGUAUGUGGGACCGGACCUUAACCAUCGGAUCGGCGGGUAAAACAUUUAGCGUAACCGGUUGGAAAAUCGGUUGGACAUACGGACCCAGGGAUCUCAUCCGACCUCUGUAUCUCAUACAUCAAUCAAAUGUAUCGUCAUGUGCGACACCCAUACAGGAGGCGCUGGCCAUUGGUUUUGAACUGGAAUUGAAACGGUUAGAUACAGACCAGUCGUAUUGGCGACAGUUAACCGAGUCGUUGGUCGGGAAACGGGACAAACUAUCAGCAGUGCUAUCGACUAACCGAUUGAUGCCUACCGUACCCGAUGGCGGCUAUUUUAUGGUAGCCGAUUGUAGCCAAUUGUUGGCCACCGAAAAAGUUGAUAUUACUGGGGAAUCGGGUCCGACCAGAGGCUGGCGUUUUGCCCGAUGGUUGUCCAAACAUCGGGGCCUACAGGUAAUACCGGUCAGUGCUUUCUACUCACGAGAACAUAACUGUUUAGCCGAAAAUCUCAUACGAUUUUGUUUUUGUAAAACUGACCGAUCAUUGGAAACGGCCGAACAAAUUAUACGGGAACUGAUUGGUUGAUAGGGACAGACAUAUUAACUAACUAUUCUAUAGCUAACUGUCCCCUCAA